AUGAAAACUUUGGCAAUCUUUCAUCAACAACCCAUCUGCAUUACAAAACCAUCUUUAUGGGAUCAAAGAAGCCAACCAUUCUACUCUACAACAAUAAAUAACCAUCAUUCACUUUAUACAAGCUCUUGGAAGUUGCAUGCUCAAUCCAAAGGAUUUGGGGGUGCAAAUGACUCGAUACAGAAGAAGGCAAAUGCACCAAAAAAAGGCUCGAGUCAAGACAACAAAGAAGAAGAAGAUGACGAUGAUAAAAUCCCAUCGGUUGUUUUCGAUAGGAUGGUAAGAAGGAUCUUGACCUCAGUGGGCGUGCCCAUGGUAAUUGGGGUGCUGUUGCUAAAACUCUUUGACAUAUUGAAGGAAAAACAGUUGUGGGAUGUGCCUAUUUGGGUGCCAUUUUUAACAACAUUUGUGUUCUUUGGAAGCUCAGUUCUCGGUGUUCCAUAUGGAUCUUUAUCAACUAGUUGGGAUGCUGAGAAGAAAGGCUCCCUGCUUGGUAUUGAAGAAGCCAAACAAAAUUGGGAUGAGAUGUGGAAAGACGAAGAGAAUAAGAAUUGA